AGGUGCGGGUGUUUUGUCAUAGACUGUCAAAAAACUUACCUGACAGGCAACAUGUCAACGCUGCCAAAAUAUACCGUAGUUUUAUGAUGAAGGUGAAUGUACUCUAUAUAACAAAUAUAUUAAUUUUAUUAUUUAUGUGUGUACUCACUUACACUGUUGCGGAGGAGGAUGGAGAAAUCGAGACGAUUCACGAAAGCUAUCGACCCCGUCACAAAGGAAGCCAUCCGCGCAGAUCCGGUCGCAGGAAACAUGGCAAAAGGAGCGCGUUUAGUGAUCAGUGCGCCAUCAUGUACAAAAACGAAGAACCCGUCGGCAUCCUCGAGCCAUUCGGCGAGAGUUACCGACUGUUGCCCGUCGAUGGUCAAAAAAUCGACGUUGAAAUAUCCCCCGUAACGAAACGGAAAAAGUCGACGUCUGCAGACGACGCCUACGGCGACGCCCGCGACACCAGGUACCCGUACAUAUUCGCCAAGUUCAAGAUCGACAGCAGGAUGGAGAAAAACGCGGCGGGCAGGAAACAGAGAUCGGCGCGAGUCGACAACAGGAAAUCCCUGUUUGACAGCGAUCAACUCAAUUCGUUGCAGAGGGCGCUGUCGAAGGUGAAAUCGGGACAGGGCAAGGCCGACUCUGAUAUCAGGAGCGUGCUUUCCGACUUGGGAUUGGUCGACGGCGCGGCGGAAGUGGAAAAACGGGACGCGGACAAAGGAAAGAAGAAGAAACAAGAAAAGUCGUCGGCAGUUAAACGAAGCGAGAGGGCGAAGAAGUCCGACGAGGCCAGGAUCGAUUUGUUAGAUGAGCAAUCGGAUAGGGAGAAGCGGGAGCAAAUGGAGGCGGAACUCGAGGGACAGAUCAAGGCGAAGCUGGCGAAGAUCAAAGACGAGGUGAAGAGGGAAAUCGAAGAGAUGAAAUCGGGCGCCGUUGAGGAGCAAGACGCGAACAAGCAAAGGAAGAAGAGGUUCGCUUCGAGCACGUUGAUCGACGAAGAAACCAGCGAUAUCGAUCCGGUGUUAAACGUCGACGAAAAAUUGAGGCCUUACAGGAGACGAAGACGAAACGUAGCGUUCGAAGGUCUAGAAAACGUGGCGCCCUCGCGCGUCCUACUCCGGAACAUAAAACAAGCGGACGCCGACGACUACGUCGAAAACGCAGAUUCCUGCGGCGAAGGCGGCAAAUGCCCUCCCAAAGGCCAAAGGAAAUCCCGCGAAAACGACGACUAUGACGUCGACGUAGACGCACCUGCCCGUCUAGCGGACGAAGAAGAGAACUACGACGACGAUGACGGCGACGGCGACAUCGACGACGCGAACCCGAUGCUCGAAGACGGCAAGUACCGUCUCGACAUCCGUCCCGACGUCUACCGCGUCAAGUCCGAGACGUUCGAAGAUGACGCUGGGUCGCCAGUUGAAAAACGUAACGCCCCCGACGCCAUAGAUAUUGACGAGCCCCAGCUGAGGCACCUGAUCGCCGUGAGGGGGAGGACCAUGCUGCCGCGUGACGCGCACGCGCGUUCGAGGAGGAUGACGGGGGAGGAACAGCAGCUUCGUCUCGAAGAUAUGCCCGGGGAAGAUUUGUUUGGGCCGUUGCAGCACGGCUUCGACGCGGAAAGAGUCAGGUACAAGAGGGUCAAGAGGAACGACAAGCAUCGCCGUUCGGGAUAGUGAUGAGAGGGGUUAACAUAUAGGAGUCAAGAGUGCUUACACUGUCGUCAUGGUCGGAUAAUAAAGCUAGUCGAAAAAAUACUAAAAUAGCGUUUAAUUUUUUUAUGUAUUUUCUCGUAACUCUGUAACUCGUGGGCCCAGUUAUUCAGCCAAUUUCGACAAGUUUGCGAGGAAAUUUUCAUUUAAAGGGAGGCGGUUAUUAA